GCUUCAGCGCCCGUGUCCGACUGAGAAAUUCUCUCCACUUUUCAUCUGCCCUAACGGGCUCUGUAGAAAUAUUUCCAAAACCCUAGAAAGAACGGAAAAAUGGCCCAAGAAUCCCUCCAAGAAAACCUAGAAUCUUCAAUUGAAUCCGACGAUCGGAUAGCUGUCGCUGAUGAUCGAUCCUCGCCGUCGGAACCUGUUGCUGCCGCCACUGCUUCCGCUCCUUCUCUCGGUCGCAGUGUUUCUUUCAGCCGGCUCAAUGCUCGGGCGCCCGAGUUCGUCCCACGGGUAACGAAUCGGGUUGAUCUGCCGCAGCAACAGCCGCCACCGCGGAUCGCGAUCCCUCAACCACCCAUCCCGGUGGUGCAUGUCUACCCAUCACCGAAUUCUCCAUUCCACGCUCCGCCCAUGCAGAGCCACGGAUCGGUUCAGUACUAUGGCGGAUUCGGAGACGGCGAUGGUGCCCAGGCGCCGCCGCAUCUGGAGCCUGCUCCGGUGAGAGACAGCCUUUCGGAGGAAGUCACGCAGAAGGUCGUGAAUCAGGUGGAAUACUACUUCAGCGAUGUGAACUUGGCUACUACUGACCAUUUGAGGAGAUUCAUCAAUAAAGAUCCAGAGGGAUUUGUGCCGAUAUCAGUCGUUGCAGCUUUUAAGAAGAUUAAAGCUCUUGUCAGCAGUAAUCCCCUGCUCGCAAAAGCUCUUCGGACCUCAUCAAAGCUUGUUGUCAGUGAAGAUGGAAAGAAAGUUAGAAGACAGCAUCCAUUCACUGAUGCAGAUGUGGAAGAGUUGCAGGUUAUCUUCAUUUUUUUUUUUUGUUUGUUGUCUCCACUUGUUUCCAUUUGCGCUGAUGAUGUUGGCUCGUCUGUACUUCUCUGUAUGCAGUCUCGCAUUGUUGUUGCUGAGAAUCUUCCUGAAGAUCAUUCUUAUCAAAACCUCAUGAAGGUUUUCUCAGUUGUUGGAAGUGUGAAAGCAAUUCGUACCUGUCCUCCUCAGACCACCAAUGGUGCAGUUCCUGGUGCAUCUAGAUCAGGAAAAAUGGACAUGCCCUUCAGUAACAAGUUGCAUGCAUUUGUGGAAUAUGAGACUGUUGAGCUAGCUGAGAAAGCAGUUGCUGAGCUAAACAAUGAGAGGAACUGGAGAAGUGGCCUCAAAGUUCGACUACUGCUUAGACGCACGACGAAGCCUGCCCGAGGGAGAAAAAUGGGGCAUGAAAGUGACUGGAAUGGUGAGGAGGAGGAUGUGUCCACAUCUGAGCAGCCAAAUGAGAAGCAACCAGAGGAUCCUCAACCAUCUGAAUCAUCACACGAGCAUGCCGUGGAGGAGGGUCUCAAUGGUCAUAACGACAAGGAGGGUGGAGCAAGGAGAGCAGGGCGAGCCCGUGGCCGUGGCAAGGGUCGUGGGCGGGGUCAGCACCAUAAUAACCGUGGAGGCCAUGCAGUGGGCACUCCCCCUUCGAAUAACUCGAUUCAAAAUGACCAGCCAGCAGUAUCUAAGCAACCUCCCGGGCCCCGCAUGCCUGAUGGCACACGGGGAUUCACCCUUGGCCGAGGGAAGCCACUCGGUGUUACCACAGCCUAAAAAGUCUUCAUUUAUCUUAAGUAGAGAUCACAUUAUAUAUUGCACCUGUUCUGUGUGUUUGUGGGUGUUGAUGGCAGGGUUUUAGAGGCGGCUGUCCAUCCUUCAAAGCAGGAAUGGCUGGGAUUCCUUUGAUGAGUGCUGUGGUUUUAAAAACGUAAGAAGCAUGCAAGCUGGUUUUGGUGUUUGAUUUUGUUAGCUAUUUUAAUGUAAAAAAGAAAAAAAAAAAAAAAGGGGAACACGUGAAGACUUAUACCUAUAUCAUGUGUAGCUGAGGAUGUUAUAUUCGAAUGCAAAUAGGGUUUUUUUUUUU